AUCGGGGGGUAAUCUGCUUCAGGUAUUGAUGAACUUGAAGUUGUUAUUCUAAUGAGGGAUUCGUUUUCUUCGUUCUGAGAGAAUCUGGUCAUUACCCUUCUAAUGCUACGUCUUCAAGAACGUUCAAAUAUGAUGAGACGCAAAAACACGAUUUUCGUGCAAAUUCUUACCAUUGUGUUCUUCGUUUUCUUUCUACUUAGUUUAAUUGAUGCUCGGGGUGAUCAUCCAGACGAAAUCGUCCCAAAACCAAUGGGUCACUUGCAGUGCUUCGGGUGCAGAGAUCACUAUGACUGUUUGCAUCGAAUGCACAACAUCACAUGCAACCCGACAUUCUACAUGCCAGGUUGCGCAACAUUCUUCACCGACGCGACAAGAAGUAUGCAAACUUCACAGUUCGUCUCAAGCAAACAGUGCGUCAGAGGGAUUGACGUGGAACAUUGCGGACGUCACCCUGGGAACCGACAAUGGGGCUGUUAUUGCCUUGGAAGAUUUUGCAAUUCUGCACCUAAGCAGAAACCUUUCGGCCUGAAACCAUUCCUAAUUGUCGCUACGAUUACGUGGGGACGAUUCUCGUGAAUCAUAUGCUAAUUUGAGUCGGCGCAAAUAUAUAAUACAAUCAUUUUGACCAUC